GACUUACCUAACCUAAACCUGAUGGGUGCCAAUGUUCACUUUCACCGGCACUGGCAUUUGUUGAUCCUCGACGUCAGAGACGUUUCUCAUACCCAAUACCCAGUACCCUACCUGAUCAAUGUGGCAUUCCUAGCGAGAGCGCUUGACCUUCACUCAACAUGGCAGACUUUACCCGCCUGUCAGUCGACCUUCCCGACUCCCAACAACCUUACAGCAUGUCGAUCGGAACCAGUCCCGUCGCCGACAGUGGCGGAGAAGCGCAUCCAUCGAAUGGUGCAGGUGUAGAUACAGGUGCAGGCACAGAUGCCGGUGAUGGUCCUGGUGCUGCCGCUGCUGUGCCUGGCGCAACCACCACCGCUGGUGCCGAGAUGUCAAAGCAGGUUCAAGAUGUCCUCGAGUCUGACAUUGGUGUCUCAACCAUGCUGAACCGACUGAAGCAAAGCGUAACAUCGGCCAAGGAAUUCGCACAAUUCUUGAAGAAGCGUUCAAUGGUAGAAGAGGAGCAUGCCAAGGGCAUGAAGAAGCUGUGCAGAUCGACCCAAGACAGCAUUCAUCAUAUGGACCACAGGCAAGGCAGCUUUUCCCUGGCAUACGAGGAGAUGCUUCAUCUACAUGACCGAAUGGCGGAAAAUGGUCAACAGUUCGCUGCUUCUCUGCAUCAGAUGCACGAUGACUUGCACGAGGUCGCCGCCAUUUCAGAGAAGCAUCGCAAAGGCUGGAAACAGAACGGUCUGGCGGCGGAACAGCGUUUGUCCGACAUCGAAGCUGCUAUGCGCAAGUCCAAGUCCAAGUAUGAUUCGCUUGCCGAAGAUUAUGAUCGCGUACGAACUGGCGAAGCACGACAGGGCGGCAAGAUGUUUGGUCUGAAGGGGCCCAAGUCCGCAGCACAGCACGAGGAGGAGUUAUUGCGCAAGGUCCAGGCUGCCGAUACCGACUACAUGGGCAAGGUCCAGACUUACCAAUCUGAGAAGGCCCAAAUGCUUGCCACUACCAGACCAGAGGCAAUCAAGGCCCUUCAGGACCUUAUAAAGGAAUGCGACGCCGCAACCUCACUACAAAUGCAAAAGUUCGCAUCCUUCAACGAGAAGCUGUUGCUCAGCAAUGGCCUCGUCAUCAGCCCACUUAAAAACCACCAAGCCAGCCACUCCCGCAGCCUCAAAGAAGUCAUUCAGGCAGUAGACAACACCAAGGACUUGGAGGAUUACAUUACCAGCUUCUACAGCAAGGUACCACCUAAGGGGUCCGAGCCGAAAUACGAGCGCAACGCUGUUCUGAAUCCGCAGGCCAAUAUGUCCAUCUCAAAUAUGGCACAGAUGCAUCAACAGCAGGUUCGUCCGCCGCCCCAGCAGCCGCCUUUACCUCAACCGCCACAAUCACAGCCUCCAGCCUCACAAGCCCCCGUAAUAUCUCCCGUGGGACCGGGACCUCCAGGAUACGGAGGUCCUUCCCCAAUGGGACCUCCUCAGCCCACAGGCUUCCCCCAGCAGCGACCAAACUCGCCGCAGGGACGUGAGAGAAGCUUCAGUCAUGGCGGCAUCCUCAACCAAUCAUCUUUCCCGCAACAGCAGCAACAACAGCAGCAGCAGCAACAACAACAACAACAACAACAACAGCAACAGCAACAACAACAUCAGCCGGCGCCAAAUCAAAGGAACUCCACGCAAGCAUUGACAAGCUCACAUCAAAGAUACGGUAACGGGGUCGGUUCAAUCAGUCAGGCAGGCCCGCCUCAAUUAGGCGCCCUGCCAUUCCAAAGUCAGCAGAAUCAAAGCCCAUCUCCACCAAGGCAAACCGGCCCCUAUCAGCCACCAGACUCACUGCGCUCGGUUUCUCCGCCAAGCACUGUGACCGGGCCAUCCGGAAACAUUGGCGCAAGACCAAAGCAGGUGUUUGGCAUAACACUAAACAAUUUAUACGAACGUGAUGGCACCGCGGUCCCCACAGUUGUCAACCAAUGUAUUCAAGCUGUCGACUUGUUUGGUCUAACGCUCGAGGGUAUUUACCGGUUGUCUGGUUCAGCGACACAUAUUCAGAAACUUAAGAACAUGUUCGACACAGGUAAGCAGAUAGACCGUGCCCAUUUGUGUUACAAAAUUUUGCUGACGACAUCAGAUUCCGGUUCGCAUAAUCUGGAUUUUCGUAAUCCGGAGAAUUUCUUCCACGAUGUGAACAGUGUUGCUGGGCUGCUUAAGCAGUUCUUCCGAGAUCUGCCGGACCCUCUGUUGACGUCAGAACGAUACCCUGACUUCAUAGAAGCGGCAAAACUCGAGGAUGAUAUCCACCGUCGCGACGGCUUACAUGCUAUCAUCAACGGAUUGCCGGAUCCCAAUUAUGCUACCUUGCGGGCGCUAACGCUACAUCUACACCGGGUCAUGGAAAACUCGGGGAUAAACCGCAUGAACUCGCAAAACCUAGCCAUUAUCUUCGGACCCACGCUCAUGGGCACGGCGCCAAGCAGUAAUAUUGCCGACUCGGGUUGGCAAGUAAGGGCAGUGGACACGAUAUUGCAGAAUACUUAUCAGAUCUUCGACGAGGACUAGGAGUCGAGUCCUCGGCUUGAAGAAGGGCAAGAGGCGAAUCCGGGUUUGGUUGAGCGCGAGCUACCACCUCGACAUGGCGGUAUCACGGAUAAUGUAAAUGACGAGUGGUGGUCCUGCUCGUUUGAUGCUUGAAGCUGAUGUACGGGAAUAAUGGAAACGCGUCACUUGUGAUAGUACUUGAAGCGUUCAGCCAGUAAAUUGUAUACGGAAAUGGUGUUUUCAAAGGCACAAGGACGAAACGGA